AGUGUCCUUGGGACUUUUAUCGUGAAGUGUAGAUUUCCUCCAUUCCUCUCCCUAACCGAAACAUUAGGAAACCUGCUGGAGAGCAUCGGGGCCCUCUGUGGCUCUGACCGGGAAGCUUAAUGGCUGAAAUUUGACUGUUUACGAUUAUGCAGAGAGCUCGAAUUAAGGUUCUCUAUCCUGUCCAGGUCUGAGAAGAUGGGAGCUAACCCGAAGCUAUUCUUGAGGCGGUUAUUCCGACUGGCUGCUCUUCUGGUACUGUUGGAUUAUGCAGCAGAAGCUUCUGAAUUCAACCCUUAUAAAGUCCUUGGAGUAUCUACACACUCCAGUCAAGCUGAAAUCAAGAAGGCUUACAAGCAGCUUGCCAGGGAGUGGCAUCCAGACAAGAAUAAAGAUCCAGGUGCAGAAGAUAUGUUUAUCAAGAUUACUAAAUCAUAUGAGAUUCUGUCAAAUGAGGAGCGGAGAGCAAACUAUGACCGGUUUGGUCAGACAGACGAGAACCAGCACCACGGUCAGGCACCACAGGGCUUCCGGCAUUUCCAUGACAGUUUUUACUUCGACCAGUCCUUCUUUCAUUUCACACAGUCGACACGAGAUUUCACAGACAGCAAGCACCUUCUUCGCUAUGAGCAUUACAUGAACGAGGUGGUGCCGGAUAGCUUCAAGAGGCCCUACCUAAUAAAGAUAACGUCAGAGUGGUGUUUCACCUGCAUCCAUAUUGAGCCAAUAUGGAAAGAAACGGUUCAGGAGCUGGAGGCUGUAGGUGUUGGUAUUGGUGUAGUGGACAUUGGAUAUGAAAAGCGGCUGGCAAACCAUCUUGGCGCCCACCGCACCCCCUCUAUUCUGGGGCUCAUUAAUGGGAAAGUGACCUUCUUCCAUUAUGCUAUAUCCAGGGAGCACCUGAGGCAGUUUGUAGAAAGCCUUCUGCCGCAGAGACUAGUGGAGAAGGUGACAGAUUAUAACUACUUGCAGUUUUUGAACGGUUGGCGUGAAGAGAACAAACCAAGUGUGCUGCUAUUUGACACAGUGCCUACAGUGCCUUUACUGUAUAAGCUCACAUCGUUUGCUUAUCGGGAUUUUGUGAGGUUCGGGUACGUAGACCAGGGCCUGACUGAGACUACAAGCAUCCUGCAACAGUUCAACAUCAACACAUAUGCUCCUACCAUGCUCCUGUUUAAGGAGAACACAGAGAAACCUGCAGAUGUCAUACAGUUCAGAGGAAUGAAGAAGCAGAUCAUCGAUGAGUUUGUCUCCAACAAUCGUUUCCUGCUAGUGCCUCGGCUGGUGAAUCAGAAGGUCUUUGAUGAGUUGUGUCCAGUGAAACAGUUCCACCGGCGCCGAAAAUACUGUGUUUUGCUCAUCACGGGGGAGGAUGAGGCUUUUGUCUCAGUGAAUGAUGCUUUCUUUGACUUUGCCUCUUCCAAUACAAAAGAGGUGCUGAGAUUUGCUUAUGUCUAUCAGCGGCAGCAGCAGCCUCUCUGUGAUACCCUUCUCAAAAAUGAGGACAUGAGCCCUCCUCAGGUGAUCAUUCUGGAGAGACGGAGUGCUGCGGGUAAGGUGCUGUAUCGGACGGUGACAGGUGGCUGGAAUGGAAGUGAUGAGGAUAAGCACCGCCUUCAUGAGCAGCUGGAGCUCUUGCAGAGAGAUCCCUCAUUCCUCACCUACGAUGCCAUGCUGCCUGAACUCAACAAUGAGUUCGCCUCUAUGUUUCUAAUUCAGUGGGCAAAUGUCGCUUAUGAUUAUCUCUCUCAAAUGUACUUCGACCUUCUCCACUCAAACUGGCGAGAGAUGAUGCCCAUUGUGUCUCUGAUCUUCUCAGCUCUCUUCAUUCUGUUUGGAACAGUCAUCAUUCAGGCUUUCAGUGACUCUGGUGAGGAAAAGCCACCCAAGCAGAAAGCCAAAGAAUCACCAAAGACAGCUGAGAGCUCCCCAAAUGCUGAAAACACAUCAAGUUUUUUCUCUAGCCGUCCUCCGAAGAAGAACUUUGUAGAGGUGACAGAGCUGACUGAUGUGACUUAUACCAGCAACCUGGUGAGGUUAAGGCCAGGACACAUCAACGUGGUGCUGGUGCUCACUGAAGCUUCCAAACAAGUUCUGCUGAAGAAGUUUGCCAAAGAAGUGUACUCGUUCUCAGGAUCUCACACUCUUCACUACUCUUUCUUGAAUGUGGACAAGCACAUCCAGUGGAUGGACACUCUUUUAGAGUUGGCGCCCGAUGCUAGACCUUUGGACGAUGAAGAAGUAGAAGGCACGUCCUCCUGUAAACAAGACUAUACCGGCUACGUGCUGGCACUUAACGGCCAUAAGAAAUACUUCUGCCUCUUCAGGCCUGUGUUCACAGGCGAAGAGCCGGACUGCAGCAGGUCGUCUGACGAGGACGGUGGAGCUGCUCGGGUGAGGUCCAGGAGCAGCUCCCGACAACGGGCAUCCACUCUGCAGAUCCAUCACAAACUGGACCGACUCAGCCUGUGGAUGGAGAGGCUGAUGGAGGGCACCCUUCCCAGGCACUAUGUUCCAGCCUGGCCUGAUCUGCACUCAAUCACUCCUCAGAAAUGAAUGAGCUGGAAGUGGCUCAUACAAGCAAGGCCCUGUUUACUUCUGCCUACAAAAACAGGUGGUCCAGACUGCCCUGCAGGGGGCGUCUCAUGAUAACACAUAGCAGGAGUUGUUGAUGUUAAUUAUUGGUACACCUGUUUGUGUAAAGCGUGUGAGGCUUUAUUAGGAAACUGUGACUCUGGAUUGUGCACUGAAUCCAAAUUACUAUAGUUUUUUUUUCUUCUUCUUCUUCAAAGGAGUGGCCUGUGUGCUUUUUGCUGCUAGUGAAGGGCUGCACCAACCAUGUAAUUUCCACAUGACUUUAGACCUCAUUCUAACUGCUGCUUUAUGUUGUAGGAGCUAGUUUCUUAAAGCUGGUUUGUGCCCAGUGGGAAAGAGGAGAAAGUCAUCAGAAUGGAGAAUUUAGGAGUCAUUUUUAAAAUUUCUGGCCCUAUACUUAAAUAAUUAUAUAGAGUAUUUCUGUACUGUCUGACGACUCACUAAGUUGGAGCUCUUCCAGGAUUGUGUCCACCAUGUCCAUUCUAGAUUGCUGCUCCAUUUCUGGAAUCCUUCCUAAAUCUAAAUAGAUCAGGUUUGUUCAUGAUCUGGGUAAUUACAGCAAUUUUUUUCCUUUCAGCUGUUUUAAAACUCACUCAUAAACUUAAUUAAAGGUGCAACAUGCAGGCAAGUGAAUUUUUUAAAUUUAGCUGAAAAUAGUAAAAACUUUGUCACUGUUGAAGCUGGUUGGUCAUCUUUUGCUUUGAAUAUCCAUGUUUAAGAAAAUUGACCAGUAUGUAGCAUUUGUUAAGAAUUUAUCUGUAGCUGGUCUUUAUUGGGGGUAAAAGCUAUUUUCUAAACAGCAAGAAAACCUGCUCUGGAUAGGUUAUAAACAUUUGUUGUAUGCAAACGUUUUGGUGCCCCUAGAUGGAUUACAUCUUGAAAAUAUCAUGUCCAGAGAACACACUUCCACACAUUAAAUACACAAUUACUGUUUAUUUGCUGUCUUUCAUGUAUUGGGGGAGAAAGAUAGAACAUAAAAUGUGGCCUCUGCAGAAGUUAUGGCACAUUAUAUCUAUUUUAUGUUUUAUAUUUUUCCAGUAUAUUAAAAUUCUAAUGAACAGAAAUCAUGUACUAAAAUUUGUAGAAAAAUAUCAGAUGUGUUAUUUGCCGUUAGAAAAUCAACACACAUAAUUUGACCCAGGGUGUUUAAACUUUUGCAUAUGGUUUUAUGUUUUUGAAUGAACAAACUAAACCCUAAAACAGAAAUCCUGCAGAAUCCACCUUGAAUCUGUAGUUUAUGAUUGUGCUAUUGUUUAUUAGAGGUGGGCGAGAUGGUGGCGAUAACGGUAGUUUAAAUAUCGUCAUAGUGCCCACUCCUAGUAUGUUUUUACAUGCAUGCAAAACAAUCUCAUGGUUUCCGUAUACUUAGUUUGGACGACUUACUUGACUUAGUUGCUUGCAUGUCUCUCCUCUCCUUAAAUCCCACCAAUUGUAACUUCUAUGCUCUUCACUUCUUUUUUUUUUUUUGUGUUGCACUUUGACCGCAUUUUCUGUUGUCCAUGCUCGAGAUGCCUACGUUCAAAAAUACUGUAGUUCGAUUAUUAUUUGAAUGUAGGUUUGUAUUGCAACUAAAUUAUUAAUUCUCUCAACAGUGUAUGAAAAUCGGUUUAGGAUAUUGACCAUGGGAGAUUAAUUAUACAUCCACUUUAUUUAAAAGAAGAGAUUUUAUUUAUAAGAUGUUACGUUGUUUGUUCCGUGUCUCCCACAUAAUGCUUAACUUUAAAUAAAGUUGACACAAAUUACAGUUCCCUGUAGUUUUAUUAUACCAAGGUUUCCCAACCAGGGGUGUGUGGUGGAGUUGCAGGGAGUUUAUGAGACUGUGAUGAAAAUGUCCAAUGUAAAUUUUAUUUAAUUUGAAAAACAUUUUUGUUCAUGAAAAAAAUAACACUUCUUGUGACAUAAUAAGUGCAAUAAGUGACAGAUAAUAAACUGAUUGUAUCAUGUUUGAAUGUAAUCAUGUGACCGUUUAAUGUAGAAUACAAUUAAUAGCUCGCUAGCUAAGUUGUAAAACGUAAUCCCAUUAAACAGGAUCUGUUUGAAACAUAAUUCUUGGGGGAAAAAAUACAUUUGGAAACUAAACACAGACUUGGCUGUAAAACUAUAUCGUACUACUACUUACAACCUCGGGGUGCUUCAAACUAAUUUAGCUUGAAGGGAUUCUGAUAAGACAAAGAAAUUGUAUUAAAGGGCCUAUAUCUUACAUUUUGUUUCCCCCUGACUUCCACUUAUGGUUUUACUUACCAAAAUCAGUCAUCAUCCAUUUUUACAUGACCAUUUUCCAACCACUCUUUAUCUCUUAGAAUUAAACAGGCUGUUUUUGUUAUUACGCCCUCAAGACUGAUAUUGCAAAUGGCCUCUUCUGUUCUGAUAGUCUACCCUGUAUUGUGUUCGAUUCAAAAAGCAGUCCAGGCUGAAACACUCCUUAUAAAUUCAGUGUCAACUGCUAAAGGCAGAUAUAUGCAAGUGUGCUGUUUUUGUGACAUAAUGACACAAAACUCGUGUUUUUAAAAAGAGAGCAAAAUUCAGUUUUCCAUUAUAUAAACCCUUUAAUUUGUAUUUAUUCUACUUUUUUGAGAAAUAAAUGCUAACUGCUCAAAUAAA